GCCAGAGUCGAGCAGAGCCAGAGUAGAGCAGAACAGAACAAAGCAGCUUUUUUGCUCUCCAGGAAGACAUCUGAAUAGUAUUGACGCGGCCCAGAGGAAGUGGUGUUCUGAGCAGAAUUUGUCACUUCCAAGCUCACGACCUAAGCUCUCAGCUCCAGCUCUCCAGCGCAACGAUUGGUCCCUCUCGCUGUGCACCCCUCGCCUCCUCGCUGGAGCUCCAGCUUAGCCGAGCGCAGUCCCCAAACCCACCACACAGCGCUGCCCCUCGAUUCACUCACUACUACACUCAAAUCUGGAACACCAAUUGUCAGGCGUAUGGUCCAAGGAAUAGCUCAACCCCCCAAUAGUUGCUCUCCUUCCCACACUGCUCCCGUCCUUGUCUACAACCCAUCACAACCUCAUCGCAGUGCAAGUCGAGCUCCUGCUGCAUCGUCGCCCGGAUAACGCACAGCUCAGCUCAGCUCAGCUCUGCUCAGCCCAGCUAUCGUUAUCGACAAUUGAAGCUCUCGACCCGUCGCGAUAGGACUAUCUAAUCUCUCCACCCCUCCUUCCCCCUCACCACACUUGGGCAUGCUCGCAGCCACGAAGACGAUGCCGCCUCGAUCCUCGUUGACGUCGUCCUUCUCCGUUUCGGAUGCUAACAAUGAAGUUGUCUGUCCAUUGCGCAACCAGGAUGGCUCCAGCUGUCGCAAGCGUUGCCUCGGCGAAAAACGAUAUCGCUCCAUGCAAGAGCACAUAAGACGAGCGCAUCCCGAACAUUACAUUUCUAAGCUGCCUGCGACCGAGGAGAGCUUCCAGCUCAUGAUUAAUACCCCGCCAUCCGAGCGACCACCUCCACCUACAAGCUCCAAUUUGGCUCCCCAUGGUGUGUACCACUUCUGCACAUCGUGACAGUGUGCUAACAGCGACAAAGGCUACGGCAACGACCGACAUAGCUAUUAUGGCGAAGAUUCAAGUACCCCAAACACGCCCCGAAACCUGGACGAAUACCAGUCUGGCAAUAUGUUGCCAGCCGCUAGUGCCGCGGCAGCUCUUGCACAGCUACAUAACCACAAACUCGAGAAUGAUUGGGAGUCGGAAGGGGACUGGAUGUCAGACACUGAAGCACACAAACAAGCAAUGCGAUCCUCAAUAGAGCUACCCCCGCUCCAUGGGAACCACCAUUUGGAACCUACAAGCGACCCCUUUUCCCACCUCAACGCACAUCGAAGAAGAGAACUUCUCCCUUCCAUUCUAUCUACAUCUCCACCUGGCCGUUCGUCCACUUUACCCCCAAUUCAACGGAACCCGGGUCCAAACCGUCCACGAAAACAAUCCGUAUCUAAGCGUGCUCGGGAGCCACAACACAGGAGACAAAAGUCAAGAGAGAAUGCACAUCUGAGGCGAAUGAGCUACGAUCGAAAGGCCUUCUCCGCCGAACCAUCAAGUGCAUUAUCAGCUGUAUACGGAAAACGAUGGGAGGAUCUCAUCGACGCUGCAACAUCAGCAACAGAAGACGUUGACGACGAUCGAACCCCUGUCCCACCAUCUCCGGUGUCCGUAAAUCGAGCUUCAAUGCCGCCGUUCUCAGCGAACCACUACCAAGGCUAUCAAGCAUCGCCACUUCAGCAAGCUCUCACCCCGCCAUCCAACAUUCCUGAUGCACCAGAGCCCUUUCCAUCAGUUGAAAGCGGAGAGAGCGGUGACAACUUUCACAUCGAAUCCCGUGGGCUCUCUGACUCGUCGCCAAGUUUCUCUCCUCAAAGCAUACAGAUAUACUGUGCUGCAUGCCAAGGUAUUUCGUUGCUCAAAGAGUCAUACGCCUGUACAGAGUGCAUAUGCGGGAUCUGUCAAGCUUGUGUAGACGUUCUCAUGGCUGAGCAAGGGGCCAGGCGGAAAUGUCCUAGAUGUGCUACCAUCGGUGGAAGGUUUAAGCCUUUCCAAUUGGACAUUAGAUGAUAAUCAUUCUUAUUCUACUUUCUUUCACUCGCACCUUUCAGGUAUAGGGAUCGGUUCUGGGUACGGGUCUUGGGUAUGAGUACGGAUUGGGUAUCAUAGAGAGGCGUUUUGAGACUGGAUUACGGCUGGCGUUCUAUUGACAUUCAACAUGAAUUUUCUCUUGUCUUUUUUUGGGAUUGCUUGUUAAUUGGGUAGGGUCUAGUCUUGGGUUGCAUGGGAGGGAUACAGUCCUGGAUGAGACUUGAGAGUUUGCAUACACGUACAUACGGUAGCUUUAGGUAUGCGUGGAUGCACGAUAGGCACGGUUGGCCGAUGUCUAUAGUCAAAAGAGACCAAAAUGAAAAGCAUUAAUAGUCUUACAG